AAGCAUUUAAUAUACAAAAUGUCAUCGAAUAAAGGCCACGAAUCAAAAAAAAAUCCAAAUGAUACAAUGAAAAUUUUAAUUGCAACCGAUAUUCAUCUAGGCUUUGAAUAUAACAAGAAAAGAGGGCAAGAAACAGAUGAUAGUAUCACUACGUUUGAAGAAAUUCUUCAGUAUGGAAUAAAAUAUAAUGUAGACUUUAUACUUCUUGGUGGAGAUUUAUUUCAUGAUGCCAAGCCAUCGCAGACUGUAAUGAUAAAAUGUAUGGAACUGUUAAGGAAAUACUGUUUAGGAAAUAGGGAAAUUAAAAUUCAAUUCUUAAGUGAUCCACAAAUUGUAUUUCGUCAUUGUGCCUAUAAAGUUGUGAACUAUGAAGAUCCAAAUAUAAAUAUUAGUAUGCCAGUAUUUUCUAUUCAUGGAAAUCAUGAUGACCCAAGCUUUGGCGCUGUUGGAUCAAUGGAUUUAUUAUCAGUAUCUGGUUUAGUAAAUUAUUUUGGGAAAUCGACAGACCUUACUAAACUAACCAUUGCUCCUAUAGUUAUAAAAAAGGGUGAAACUCAUGUUGCACUGUAUGGGUUAAGUUAUAUGAAUGAUCAAAGAUUAUCUCGACUACUAAAAGAUUUUAAACUCGAUAUGUUACGUCCAAUGGAGCUUGAAGAUUGUUUCAAUAUAUUUGUUAUACAUCAGAAUCGCUCACCAUGGAGUGAGCAUGGAUAUGUUCCACAAGGUAAAUUACCAGAGUUUAUUAAUCUUGUUAUAUGGGGUCAUGAACAUGAAUGCCGUAUUACUCCAGAACAUAUCCCUGAAACUACAUACUAUGUUUCACAACCAGGAAGUUCUAUUGCUACCUCCCUAUGUGAAGGUGAAGCAAAACCCAAACACAUUGGUAUUUUGAAUGUGAAUAAAAGGGAUUUUAAAUUACAAAGUAUAAAACUGCAGACUGUUCGACCAUUUAUUUUUGACAAUCUAAUUAUUCAAGAUCAAGAUAUACCAAUACAAAAUAAUGAGCCACGCUCUGCAUCUGUAUACAAUUUUGUUGAUAGUUACAUAGAAAAUGAACUCAUACCCAAAGCCAGCAUACAGCUGUCUGGUCAUCCCAAACAACCUAUUUUGCCUUUGUUGCGUCUAAGAAUAUUUUACAGUUCUGAGGACGAAAUUUUCGAUCAAAAUAAAUUGGUACAAAAAUAUUGUGAUGAGGUUGCUAAUCCCAUGGAUAUGAUUGUAUUUCGCAAAAAAAGAGUUGUUAGUAAAAACGCAAAGACAAAUUUGACAGACUUUGGUGAUGAAUUCGAAGAAAUGGCACAAAUUCUCUGUUACGAGGAUGAAAAAGAUUGGAACAAAACUGUACAAGGAGGUAUAAAGAAACAUUUCAGUUUAGAAGAAAAUAGAGAUAAAUUAACGGUAUUAACCGUUAAUGGUUUAAACGAAGCAUUAAAUCGAUUCGUUGAUGCAGGAGAUAUAGACGCUUUUAAAGAUAUUGUGAAUCAUCAAAUAAAGAAAACUAUUGCACAUUUAGAAACUUGUGAGGUUGAUACUGUUGAAAGUAUUUGUAAUGAAAUUAAGAAUUUUAGAAAUAACCGAAUGCAGGAAGAAAAAGAAGAAACCACUGAGAUACGAAAAUUUUUUGAUAAUGCAAAAGGUAGGACACAGAAAGGUUUUGAAAUUAAUGCAAAUAAAGAUAUUAAUAUCAGUGAUGAAGAUGAAGACAGAAAUACAAUGCCUACAACUAAAGGAGGUAGAGGACGCGGACAUGGACGUGGACGUGGAAAAGCUAAUACGAAAGCUAGUACAAUUUCAACUACACAUCUGCCUGCAAAGAAGCUAGGAAAGAAGAUGGAUCAAAAUAUUCUAGAAAAUUAUAUGAAAUCAUUAGAUACAACUAAGAAAAAUAAACCUACAGAAAUCAUUAUAGACGAUUCUGAUUGAAAUAUAAAUUAUUAAAACUGAUUCUUGAAAAAGGUUGUAUUUUAUGUUAAAAUAAAUUUUUA